AUGUUGACCGAGUGGUUUGUUGCCAAUGAAAACUAUCCUGAAGCUAGAGAUCUAACAUACUUGGACUUUCCUACUGGUUGGGUAUGGAAUGCUUCUCAGAAGGUUUGGACUAAGAGAAGGCAAAAGAGGAAGAUUGCAACCAGGAUUGGUAGGAUAUAUCAUGUUCACCCGAGCACUGGUGAAUUAUUUUUCCUUCGUAUGUUAUUAUUGGUAGCUACUGGUGCUACCUGUUUUGAGGAUCUCCGGCGGUACAAUGGUAUUCUGCACAACAGUUUUAAAGCAGCAUGUCAGGCUCGAGGAUUGGUUGGUGAUGAUAAUGAAUGGUUUAACUUAUUUGAGGAAGCUAUUGUAUGGGCUACUCCAUUUCAGCUAAGGCAUCUAUUUAUGAAAGUUAUACUAUAUUGCGAAGUUAUUAAUGGUGAUAAAAUAUUUGAUCGGUACUGGCACAGUAUGGGUGAAGAUAUAUCCUAUAGAAUUUCUACUUCAUUACCUGGUUAUGUUGUGCCAGAUGUUCAUAUCCAAGAUGAGUUGCUUAAAGAGUUAUCUGCUAUGUUUGCAAGAAAUGGAUCUUCUCUUGCUUCUUUCAAUAUAUCUUCACGUCCUAUACCAGCAGAUGGUGGACCUUAUAAUAGAUUGAUUGCUGAAGAAACUUAUUAUGAUUUUGAAGAAUUAACUGUGCAAGGAGAAGCUAUGCGCCAGAAUUUGAAUGCUGAGCAGAGUUUGAUAUUCAGUCAAAUUAUGUAUUCCAUAGACACCAAUACACCUAAAGUAUAUUUUGUUUCUGGUCAUGGUGGAACAGGAAAAACUUUCUUGUGGAAUUGCAUUGUCAGUGUCCUUAGAUCUGAGCGCCGAAUUGUCCUGGCUGUUGCCGCAUCUGGAGUUGCUUCUCUUCUGCUUCCUAAUGGUAGAACUGCUCAUUCGCGCUUCAGGAUUCCGCUAAAUGCUAAUGACAAAUCUCAAUGUAGUAUUUCUAGAGGCUCUACUAUGGCUGCACUUCUUCAAGAAACAAGUUUGAUCCUUUGGGAUGAAGCUCCAAUGACAAGCCAUUAUUGCUUUGAAGCUCUUGAUCGUACCUUAAGAGAUGUUCUCUCUACAGAUGAUUCUGCAAAGUCUGCUCUUCCAUUUGGUGGGAAAACUAUUAUAUUUGGUGGUGAUUUCAGGCAAGUUCUCCCUGUAAUUGAAGGUGGUUCAAGGAAUGAAAUCAUUGAUGCUUCUCUUAUUGCAUCACCCUUAUGGCGGCAUGUUACUGUGUUGAGGUUAAAAGAAAACAUGCGUCUUAAGCGUCGCGACAUAUCGCCUUCUGAGUGUGAGCAACUAUCUCUGUUUUCCCAGUGGAUUUUGGAUGUUGGUAAUGGUGAUGUUCCAGGGAGUACAAGAGAUGGAGAGGAUUCUGGUUCAUGGAUAACAAUUCCUGAAGACCUUCUGCUCUUGCCAUCUUCUCCUAAUAUGGACACAACUAUACAGAGUGUAUAUGAGUCCUUCUUCAACUAUUCUUCGGCUGAUUAUCUUGCACAGCAUUCUAUUUUGUGCCCAACAAACACUGUGGUUGAUGAAAUCAAUGACUCUAUUUUUCAGCGUGUACCUGGUUGUGCUAGAAGAUACCUGAGUUCAGAUUCUAUAUCUAAAUCAACUGAUCAUGCCUUUGAUGCAGAACUAUUGUAUCCUCCUGAAUUUCUUCAUUCUGUUACUAUCAACAAUUUUCCUCACCAUGAGCUUGAUCUUAAAGUUGGUGUUCCUGUCAUGCUUUUGAGGAACAUUAAUCAGUCAUUGGGGUUAUGUAAUGGUACACGUCUACUGGUUACUCGACUUGGUGAACGAGUGCUCGAAGGAGAAAUAAUUACUGGUUCACACAAAGGUGCCCGUGUGUGCAUUCCAAGAAUUAUUCUUAAUUCAAUCGAUUCAAAAUGGCCGUUUACAUUACGCCGCUGCCAGUGCCCAGUACGAUUAUGCUACAGUAUGACAAUCAACAAAAGUCAGGGCCAGACACUUUCUAAGGUCUGUGUUUAUCUCCGCAAUCCUGUGUUCUCGCAUGGUCAACUCUAUGUAGCAUUAUCUCGCGUCACGUCUCGAGUUGGUCUUAAGCUUCUUAUUGAAGAUGAAAAUGGUGUUCCGUGUAACAAAACAAAGAACAUAGUUUAUACAGAAGUUCUAAAAAACCUGUAG